CUCACUGAUGACAGGCUGCACGCAGAUAGGCGUUUCGAAAAUGAAACUGGCUCGUACCUGACGUCGAGAGGGAGCACAGAGGAAACGAAAAAUAAUAUAGUUAUCUUAAAUUCCAGGAGAUUGACUGUUCUACACCCACCCAGUAAAGGAAGAGGAGCCAAGUGGCGUGAACUCCAUGCGGCUGGGACCGAGAGGAGAGGUAGGAGAGGCAGGCCUGUUGUGUCAAAGCACGAAAACGUCUCUUGUUGUUUUACAGCUGGACACGAGCUAUCGGUUUAAAAUGGGACGGGCCAUACUCCAAAUAAUCCUGUAGUUGUGACUGCUCAGUCAGACUCAAGCCCGGUCACCAUGGCGCAUUUUGACACAGAGUACCAGCGCCUGGAAGCGUCCUACAGCGACUCUCCCCCCGGAGAAGAAAACCUGCUGAUGCACGUGGCCGAAGGAAGCAAAUCCCAGUGGCAUCACAUUGAAAACCUGGACCUGUUUUUUCAAAGAGUCUAUAAUCUUCACCAGAAGAAUGGAUUCACCUGCAUGUUGUUGGGGGAGAUCUUUGAGCUGGUUCAGCUGCUGUUUGUGGUUGGCUUCACCGUGUUCCUCGCUAACUGCGUGGAUUAUGACAUACUUUUUGCCAACAAGUUUGUAAACCACACUAAUUCUUUUAAAGUCACUUUGCCUGAUGCAUUCCUCCCAGUGGAUGUCUGCAGCGCUCACAUUCGAGACAACACGUUUGUGAUCUUCGUGUUGAUCAUCUCCGGGGUGUUUUGGCUACAUCGCUUUGUCAAAUUUAUCUACAACGUUUGCUGUUACUGGGAGAUCAGAUCUUUCUACAUCCACGCCCUCAAGAUGUCCAUGUCGGAGCUCCCCUAUGCAACAUGGCAGGAAGUUCAGGCCAGGAUCAUCGAGAUCCAGAAGGAGCACCAGAUUUGCAUUCAUAAAAAAGAACUGACAGAGCUGGAUAUUUACCACCGCAUCCUCCGCUUUAAAAACUACAUGGUUGCUAUGGUAAACAAAUCUCUCCUCCCUGUGCGAUUUCGGCUUCCGGUGCUCGGAGAGUGCGUCUUUUACACUCGCGGUCUUAAGUACAACUUUGAGCUCAUCUUUUUUUGGGGACCAGGCUCUCUGUUUGAGAACGAGUGGAGUUUAAAACCUGAGUAUAAGAGAGGAGGCAACAGGCUCGAGCUCGCCGACCGGCUGGCGUCUCGCAUCCUUUGGAUUGGGAUUGCUAAUCUGCUGCUGUGUCCAGUCAUCCUGGUGUGGCAGAUUCUUUAUGCUUUUUUCAGUUACACCGAGGUAAGCGCUCCACAUCCACGCAUCAGAGCUCUGAAGUUUUAUUUCUGCAGCAGCGGCUUGUGUUUGUGCACCCAGGUGAUCAAACGAGAGCCCGGUUCUCUGGGGGCGAGAUGCUGGUCUCUCUAUGGUCGAUGUUAUUUACGUCACUUUAAUGAACUGGACCAUGAACUCAUGUCCCGCCUCAGCAAAGGCUACAAGGCUGCAUCCAAGUACAUGAACUGCUUCCUGUCCCCUCUGCUGAUGGUAGUCGCCAAAAACGUUGCGUUUUUUGCCGGGUCCCUCCUGGCAGUUCUUAUUGCCCUGACAAUCUAUGAUGAGGACGUUCUAGCAGUGGAACAUGUUCUCUCCUCAAUCACACUGCUAGGAGUGUGUAUCACAGUCUGCAGGUCAUUUAUUCCUGAUAAGCUCAUGGUCUUCUGUCCUGAACAGCUGUUGCGAGUCAUCCUGGCUCACAUCCACUACAUGCCCGACCACUGGCAGGGCAACGCCCACAGAUAUGAGACCCGAGACCAGUUCUCACAGCUCUUCCAGUACAAAGCAGUGUUUAUUCUAGAGGAGCUGCUCAGUCCGGUGGUGACUCCCAUCAUCCUCAUCUUCUGUCUGAGGAGAAAGUCUCUUGAGAUCAUAGAUUUCUUCAGGAACUUCACCGUGGAAGUGGUAGGCGUCGGUGACACCUGCUCCUUUGCCCAGAUGGACAUAAGACAGCAUGGACAUCCCGCGUGGAUGUCAGCAGGCGAGACCGAGGCAUCCAUCUACCAACAAGCAGAAGACGGGAAGACAGAGUUGUCCCUCAUGCACUUUGCCAUCACCAACCCGCAGUGGCAGCCUCCUCAAGAGACAACCCACUUCAUCCACCAGCUGAAAGAACGAGUCCACAGAGAGGCCACGGCAGGGCCUGACGCUCGCCCUCUCUCCUUAUCAGAGUCUGAACCGAGGAGUCUUGUUGCAGACAUGUUGGCGGGCCCCUCCACACUGGCACCGGUUCAUUUUGGCUGCGACAGCUCUUUGAUGAAUAAUGCAGCAGCUGGAAUCAACAGUGCAGCGACCGGCCUGCGUUCUCUUUCACCAAUCAGCAGCAGUCUGUACCUGAGAGGCAGUCUGAGUGCUGCUCAUAGAGCUGGUGGUUGCAGUGGCAGAACCAUGGCUGGUUCUGGAACCGACGCUCGAACUGUGAGCUCUGGCAGCAGCGCGUGGGAGGGGCAGCUCACCAGUUUGGUCUUGUCGGAGUAUGCCUCCACUGAAAUGAGCAUCCAUGCGCUCUACAUGCAUGAGCUUCACAAGCAGCAGUCUCGUGGUGAGCCAUCACGCCACACGUGGCACCGUCAGGAGAGCGAUGAAAGCAGCGACAGCAUCCCAGAUGAAGUAAGAAGUGAACCCGGUGCUCGCUCUCUGAGUUUCCCUCGCUCCCACACUUUCCCCACCGCAACCUCAAGUCCGAGUGCCGCUUCGGCUUCAGCCUCCGCCACCAGAGGUGCCACGGUGGGCCAGGAGUGGGCGAGGUCACAGAGCAGCAGCCAGCGGCGCCACAGCGGACCUGCUGCAGACCAGUUUGGUGCAGGGGGCAGGGUGGCGAGAACGUCUCGUAUGCCCAUGGGUGGAUGGGCUGAGGACGGGACGGCAGCAUCCCGACACCAUGAGCCUCUACCUGAGGAGACUUCAGACGAUGAGGCGCCUCCUCACAUACACAAGAUGACAUAAUCAAGCCAUGUUAAUAAGCAUCUGUGCCCUGCUGACAUCUGAACACACCACCACCCUUAUCCAAAUCUUCCCCAGCACUAACUCUUCUAUUUCUGCAGAUGUGAAGGCCAGAUCGUGCAAGAAGGUUUCAUUGAAAGACUCAAAAAAGUUAAACCAUGUGGAACAGCUGACCAUUAAAUUGUUUACCUGUGACAUUUACGGACUUCCACAUGCCUAAACAAACAGUCUGGGUGACAUUCUGCUGUCAGAAGAGGACCUGAAGGACCAAAUUGUUUCCUACAGCCACUGUCAAACAUCAAACCACUCUAAGCAUUUUUAAAAACAUCAAAAGAAUACAAAACGAAAGUGCAUGUGUUGUUGCUACAUUGAGAAAAGCACCGGAAACAUUUUCUGUUGUGUUGCCAACAGUUUGCACAUUUUAUUGGGUAAAAUUAUGUUUAGGUUGCAUUUAAACUCAAAUGGGAAAGUCUUUAAUGUAUAAUUCCUCUCAACAAAGGAUUGACAUCUUUAGAUAGACAGACGUAAGAGCAGCAAGGUUUAAAAUCAAUCUUUUAACUUUUAAAUUACAUUUUAUUGUGUGUAUUUGGUUUUACAAAUUAAUUUUCUAAAAUGUAAAGAAACAUUGCCCUAACUGCCCAGGUAAGUGGUUGUGAAAGUGUACAGAGCAGCAUCAGUUAUUUACAGAAAGUCAGCAAGACCAGGAUCAGAAGAUGUGUGAUGAUUUAUGUAAACGUCUGAGGUUGGUGUCACCCAACGGUUUGCUUCACUGCUCAUUCUUUCAGAGCGCAUUUCAUAGCGAACUGUUUUUUUACCAUAUAAAAUACUGUUUUGUUUCACAAAAUGCACAGUUGUGAACAGGGUUAUAAAACAUCCUAGCAGUUCUUCAGUUAAACAAUUCUGUAAGUUAAAAACAUGCACUUUAAUAACUUCUUUCCACACACAGGAUGUCGCUUAACUUGGGUUGUUUGCUUUUGUAUAGAUCUUUUUAAUUUAUUCACGUAUCAGUGAGAUGUGCCAUGAAGACUGACGGUUAUGAAUCAAAUAUAUUAGUAGUGUUUUGCACUGGGACUUGGGAACAUUGCUGUUUGGGUGAGAUAAGGAUCAGGAAAGUUUAAGUCAUAUCUGUCAAUAUUUGUAUUUUAUAAAUGCUGUAAAAUAUAAGUUGUACAGUGAUGAAUUCAUCGAUUAAAUACAACAACUAUUUUGUCUGUA